AUGCGUACUGAGUUGAAGCAGCCGGUCGGUGAGAGGGGGGAAAAAAAGCCUUAUGUUCCAUCGGAUGUAAUCAAAGCAAAGAAUUCCCUCUUCUCGUGGUGCAUACAUGGUGAAAUUCCCAUGGGAUCAGAGCGGAUGGAGAUGCGAAAGAGGCAGAUGUCGGUGCAGCAGGAGUCGGCAGCGGGGGGAACUGCACCGGCCCAGCAGGACCAGCCGGGCGAAGCCAACCCGCGGGGCUCCAACGCGUGUUGCUUCUGCUGGUGCUGCUGCUGUAGCUGCUCCUGGAAUGAAGACAGGGAUGAAAGGAAUCGAAAGGCAUCAUAUGAUGUCAAGGAAGGGAACUCAGACUGUGAAGACUGCCCAAAGCCCACGCUGGAGGAGGUACGCAUGUGGGGGCAGUCGUUUGACAAGCUGAUGUGCUGUCCAGCGGGGAGGAACUCUUUCCGGCAAUUUCUUCGCACCGAGUUCAGCGAAGAAAACAUGCUGUUCUGGCUCGCAUGCGAGGAGUUCAGCAAGGAGACCAAUAAAAGUGUGAUUGAGGAGAAGGCCCGGCUCAUCUACGAGGACUACAUCUCCAUUCUGUCGCCAAAAGAGGUGAGUCUUGACUCCAGAGUGCGAGAGGCGAUAAACAGGAACAUGCCGGAACCCAACUUGCACACGUUUGAUGACGCUCAGUUGCAGAUCUACACGCUAAUGCAAAGAGACUCGUAUCCCCGCUACUUGAACUCCCCAGCAUACAAAAAUCUGCUCAACACUCUGUCAGAGCAGUCCCCCGAAUCUUAGGGUGGCGACGACAACCUGUGAUCUUUUAACUCUCUUUGUCCUUUCUCAGUCCUUGAAUCCCCACCUACCCAAUCGAUCCCUACACCAAGUUUUUGAAAAGAAAAAAAUCUAUAUAUAUCUUUGUAUGUUCAGUGUAGGAUUACAUGAGCCAGGCCUCGGGCCCCGGCCCCCUUCCCAGGGAUCACAGUGCUAUUGUGAUCUGCACCUGACCGAAGACACUCAGGUCUUAAAAACCUCCCGAGGGCUCAACAUCACAUGUACUGCUACAGAUCAACAUAGCAAAACACUCCAAAGGAAGAUGAAUAACUUUAAUUCUUUUUUUUCAUUUUCUUCUUCUUUUGAUAGAAAUAUUCUAUUUUAUUUGUGUUCAGAAUUUUUUAUGGUCUGUUGUUUUUUGUAUGAUUGUUUUGGGGGAAAAUAAUUCCUAAUGUAGAUUAUAUACAUACAUAUAUAUAUAUUUAUGAGUUUGUAAAUAGUUCAAAUGGAAAUGUGAGUAUUUUAUGUGGAAACGCCUGGUUCUAUUUACUGCGUAUGAAAAUCAAAGCUCAAAUCAAAGCUACACAUUAGCUUGACUUGCAGGCAGCUUUGUGAGGUACUGUUGUAUUAUUUAUUCUUAUUUGUUUUCACUUUGGUUUGUCACCAAACCUCGAAUAUCAGUACCUGUGGCAGCGACUUGGCAACUCCAGUUGUGCACAACCAGUGUGUGCUUUAGAAAGGAGAGAUGGGAUGCAAGAAGCAAAAAUCAAUAAUGAUGAAGAGUGUUUUAGAUUUUAUCCAUUGCCUAUAAAAGAUAUUGUUGUUUUUUUUAAUCCUAGUGUUACAUAUUGAACACCUCACAGGUGUAUUAAAGAUUUAUUGGUGUCAUGUUUGAAGCUUAAGUAGAGUUUACCAGAGAAAGUAUUUUAUUUAAUAUUGUUCCAUAAGAAAAAAAAAUUUAAGUUAUAUGAGAAGUUUUAAAUUAAAGUAAAUAACAGAAAGUUUUGACAUUUAAAUUAAGAUAAUAUUUAUUUUAUGGGUCUAAAUUUUCCAAAAACUUUCAAACAUUUUCCUGAUAAUCACUACGUUGUUGUAUAAAAAAAGCAGUUUCUGAUCUAAAUUUUUUAUCUAUUUUGCUUUUAUUUUAAAGAUAUAAAUCAAUAUUUUCACAUCUCUUACCUGUUUUUUAGGCUUGUAACUUAUUACAGUUAUAUGUUUUAAACCACAAAGUCCAUGAAAACAAACCAGGAAAAAAGUGAUGUCAUAUUUGUUGGUGUCAAGUACCUAGGUGUCCACCUAGGACCGAAGCUGGAGCUUUGAGAUCCAACAAACCACCAUUUAAAACAAUAGUAUGAAUCUCUGCUUCAAAGCAGUAACAUACAACAGAACGUAGAGCAUCGAAAUUUAAAGGAUUGGUUUUGCACACAAACAUUUUGAUUUAUCAAGAAAUUAAGCAUGUAAGAUUUUAUUAGGGGUGCUGACUGAUGAGCAACACUCUUGAUGCAUGCUGUUCUUGAGUCAUGCAGACAAAGUAGAUCCAUGGCUCAUGAAGUUUGUCUGAUUACUACAGUGAACAUUUUCUCAGAGGGGAUUCCUCCCUCUGACAGCACUUGAUAUAUCACUAAUUUAACAUGAUCUGAGCGAAAAAUUAUAUUUGAUUGCUUUUCCAUCUUAAGUCUCUGCCAAACUUUUGUCCACUUAGUGACCACAUGUAAAGUACUUACUGGUAAUUUAAAAAUGUAUUUGGCUACUUUCUUAAUAUCUUGCCAUAUUUGUGUAAAGCAAUGCUAUCUAUAUUUAUUUUAGGUGCUUUUUGCACCAAUAUUACUAUUCUCUCUUGGUUUCUGCCAACUGCAGCACUGCUGGUAUAAUAUUUAAACAAAAAAUAUGAAAACAGGUGAAUCAUGGCAUUGACGUUCCUGUUUUUGUUUUGACGUAUCUGCUUAGAAAGCAAUGGAAAGGCUGACUGGGAUUUAUUUAUUUUAUAUUUAAAAGAUGUUGGGGUUUUUUUCUGGCUCUUCUCUACAUGCACUGAAAUGUUUUAUGACUGCAUUUAUUUGACCUGAUAAAAAAGUUCUGGCUUAGGAUAUGUUUUAACUAAAUAAAAAAAAAAGAGCAGUUGAAACAUUUUUAGCAAUAAAUUUAUAAUGAAAAUAAAAGUUAGAAUAUUUAUCAAAAAAAAAAAAAAACACUCAGGAAAGUGGUGAGAAAUUACAGACCUGUUAAUCAAGCAUCACUUAUGAGAAUGAUUAUAAACCAGUUAUACAUGUUUGAAAAGUAUACAAAGUGUUAUUAGCAGAACUGAUGGUUGGGGGUCUAGCCAGGUUAGCAUCAACACCAAAGUUAUCUUGUAAACUGUGUUCAUAUGUUUUAAGAGAGUGCUGACUAAAAUUGGAGUUGCCAAGUAUUUAAUACAUAUAGUAUCUAGUUUUAUUUGAAUUACUUUGUUGCCUCACAUCCUGUCACUCGAAGACAAGAUCCUCACAUGAGGAAGUGCCUUGGCAUGCAGUUUUCUGACAUCUUUCUCAUGGGCAACAGUUGUUUCACUGUCUUGCGCUGUAACAUUGUUCCCCUGGAGCAUGACUACAGUUUUACUGGAAUUAGUCCCUCUCACUGGCUAAAACAUCUUGUGUUUGGUCUCUGUUCCUCUAUCGUGAGUAAAUCUCUUUAUUGUGACAGAAAGCAGCACCUCUUUGUCGGCUGGAAAUAGAGACGGCUGUGACCGGGGCUGAGGAAAUGGGGCUUUUCGCCAACCUGUGUGCUUCACGGUGGCACUUGUCUUAGAGUUCACCCAAAAUCACUAUAUACAAUGUGCAAUUUGAGCUGAUGGGUUACACGGUGUGGAUCAACCUCAAAACACAAUCUAACCCAAUGGCUUGGACUGAUGCCUAUAAAUGUUACUUUUGUUUACUAUAUAAAAUGUGUUAUUUUGCUCUGAGUUUACUUAUGAAGACAUUUUUCGAAAUAAAAAACAAAUAAUGUGAAUGUUUACAGUAUGGUUUAGGUUUAGUUUUUUUUUCUUUGGUUGUUUUUUCCUUCCACUUUCAUUAAAUAAAUUGACUUGUGGGCAUUUUGA